AUGGAACACGAAAAACAAAAGCAGGCCUUAACAGACAAGUUGGAUACAGUCAACCAGCUUUAUCGAAAGUUAGCAGAGUUACGGACCACUUGUCCAACGCUGCUGAAAUUACUACAUCCGGAAAUAGGCACUAGUCAAAAAUUUCAGCAUAAAGCUCAAGAAGCGAUUGCUAGUGUUGAAGGAUUUAAGAGUGAUUUGGCCUACAAUCAGCCGUUAUUUCGAUAUGUGACCGAAUCUUUUGCAAACAAUCAAGCGCAACUAUUGCCUACUUAUCCCCCGCAAGAGAAAGACAUUAACGCAGUUCAAACAUCCAAAGGAGAAUUGGAAAAUAAAAAAGUUGACAAACAAGAAGAACCUUAUCAAAAUCCUAAAGUUCCGGAAAAGUUGGAAGUUGUACUCAAUAGUUUCGAAAACAGCAUAUCUUCCUCGCAUUCAUCUGUCUCUGACCUGAAGCCCGAUUCUUUUUCGUUGGAAGUUUCCACUGGACUUAAAUUUCACGUUAGUUUACAAUCCAAUGCUGAUUAUAAAGCGUCAUGUAUAUUUGGUAAAUUCGAACCGAUAAUGUUCUCUAUUAAUCGCUAUAACCACUUUGAAAUGCCCUUGUUUCUUCUUCUUCCUCUUCUUCUUGAUUAUUCCAACCUCUACUUGAAACCUUGUCAAUUUUGCAAAAAAAUAAUUUCUCCUAUCAAUUUAGAACUUCCUUUUGUAAGGAAGUACGAUUCCGAGAACAGCAAACAUGCUCUUCUCACUUUUCAUUAUGAAUGUGCACUCUCAAAAUAA